GCACAUCUCUCCAUGUAUUUUGGUAGAGAGAAAGAGAAAAUUAUCUCCCACACGUUCGGCUCGACUGGUUCUCUCGCCCGAAUGAAAAUACAAAAGCAAUUAUUGAUAAAGGCGUAGAGUAACAGAAAAUUAAAAGAUAAAUACACUGAGAGCGGUUAUCGCUAGGGUUUUCGCAGAUUUAGAGCCACGCUACUCUCCUGAAACUGCAAUUUCCCGCCAAAUUUUCGUCUAUUAUUUGCCACUAUUAAUGUUCCGGAGCCUUCUCUUUUGGCAAGCAUUAUUGUAUGUUUCCUUGGGAAAAUAGUUUCCAAGGAAAAUAAAUUGGAGUCGGGUUUGUCUUUUCAGGCUUGUUUUAUUUAUGUAAUUGGAAGUGGCAUUCUAUUAGACUAUGAUACAAGCAAAGGAAGACGAGAAUAUUGAGUUCAAGUGGGGUAAUAAGAGAGGUGUUGGUGGGAGAAAGAAAGAUGUACAAUUUUACGAAUCAUUUACUUUUGAUGGUGUGGAGUAUAUGCUUUAUGACUCAGUUUAUAUGUAUGCGGACAUUGAGACUGAGCCUUACAUCGGUAAAAUCAUAAAAAUAUGGGAGAAUUCUGACAAGACUAAGAGAGUGAAAAUUCUGUGGUUCUUCCGUCCUUGUGAGAUUUCUAAUUAUCUUGAAGCCAAUGAGACUUCCAAAAAUGAAUUGUUUUUGGCAUCUGGUGACGGUGUAGGCCUUGCAAAUGUUAAUCCUUUGGAAGCGAUUGCUGGAAAAUGCAAUGUUAUAUGCAUUUCAAAGGACAGUAGAAAUCCACAACCCUCAAACGAAGAACUCCAGAUGGCUGACUUCAUAUUUUUCCGUAUUUUUGAUGUUGGUCGCCAUGUGAUCUUGGAUAAGAUCGAUGAUAAAAUUGCUCAGGUUGAUGUUAAGUUUUUACUUAACAAAGUCAAUAGUCAGAAGUCCCAUGUUGUUCCUGAACGUGAUUCAAUAAAGAAAGAGAUCUCUGGAAAUGCUAUAGUUGCUGCUGAUGGAACAACACUUUCUUCUGAGAUGAAUGCAAUGGUGGAGCGCAUAAAUUUGAAGACAGAUGACAGUUCAAUUGAUCCUUUAUCAAAAGAAGAUGCAGAUUCUAUUGUUUUGUUGCCUAACCAGAGAUCUUCAGUCGGACAAAAGCCUGCUUCUUUUUCCAGUGAUGAGUUAGAUGAAAUUGCUAAAAUUGACCACGCACAAGGAGAUUUUUCUGGUGGCAAGACCAUUUCACAUUCUAAAGUUAAAGAUAACUCAGAGUUGAUAACACUAGAUGUCAAGCAGAAAUCCUCUCUUGGGGAGAAGCCUACUUCUAAUAUAGUUGGAAAAUUGGCUGGUGAAGCUACAAUUAGUGAUCCACAUAAAGAUACUGCUAGUGAUAAAAUCCGUUCAAGAACUGAAGAUGAAGAAAUUGCAGAUCCAAAGCCUUUAUUGGUUAGACAGAGAUCCUCACUAGGGGAAAAGCAUGCGUCCAAAGAGUUAGAUAGAAUAGAUAAAAAUAAGAAACAGGAAAGCAUGUCUAAUGACAAGAUCAUUUCAAGGUCUAUAGGUGAUCCUAUUAGGCCAUCAAAGAUUGAUAAACUUGGUGGUUCUUCCGAAGCAUCUGGCGGCAAUAAGGAGAAAAUUGUGCAUAAAUUAAUUCCUGAUUCUAAACGCUGUGAAGGCAAGGCUUCUGAAGUUCACGCUGAAGUGAAAGUAAAAGCUUUAGAAGAUUCUUGUAGAUUUGCUAAUAGGGCAUUAAAGAAUGAUAAACUUGAUGGUUCCUUUAAACACUGUGAUGCCAAGGCUGUAGAUCGAACAGCCACUACUACUGGAGAAAUAUCUAAACGUAAACUUGUGAAGGAUCCCAAUGAGACAGAGAUUCUCUCUUUUAAGAAGAGAAAGCUUGAUGAGAAGCUUACAAAGUUUGCAAAUGGAAAGUUGCCUAGAGAAUCCCCUAGGGAGGUUUCUAAUGAUGUCAGCAAUACUGAUAGUAAAAUAUUGGAAGUCACUCGAAGGCCAGAAGCUGAUAAAAUCAAAUGGUUUAAAGGACUUCCUUGGGAAGAAAGAAUAAAAGCUGCACAUGCAGAAGGAAGGAUCGUCCUGCUUCAAAACUUGGAUCCAUCUUUUACUGGACUGGAAGUGGAGGAUAUUGUUUGGCAUGCUUUGAAACAAAGUUGCACAGCAAAGAUGAUUCCAUGCACUGCAUUUUCUAGCCCUCACUCUGGUCAAGCUUUUGCUAUAUUUAAAACAAGGGAAGCAGCUGAGACAGCUGUGACAAAAUUAGAUGAAGGUUGCCUUAUGACCUCAUAUGGGAGGCCUUUGGUUGGGAGCAUUGCGAAACUUAGUUUUCCUGGAAAGCCAUCGACAUAUUUUGGUCACAUGUCAAUUGACAAGACUAGACAUCAAAUGCAACGAGUGAUGAGAGAAGCUGUAUCUACUUCACAUUGUUCUCAGCCCAACACGAUUGAGUAUGAUAUGGCUUUGGAGUGGUGCUUUUUACAGGAACAAACAAAUCAAGAAUGGGAACUGUUGUACAAGCAACAUGGGAAAGAGUUGAGAAAACUUGAGUCUACCUUGACUCGCCAAGCUAGUUGAACACAAACAGCACACCCGGAAGCCAGUGAAGGAGUAUUUUGGCAAUUGACAAAAAACACAGAUUCCAAAAAGGUUUGUUUAUCAUGGUGAUUUCUUUCGAGGAAAUGGAGGGCUUGUUAAUGUACCUGAUGCUGAUGUUCCUGAGUAGAGAAACAAGGAUAUAUUUUGGUUAAGCACGUGAAUGGGUUUCUUUUUAUAUCAGUGUUAGGAUGUUGCCAGCCACCUUGAUUGGUAACGGAGAAAUGAUGUAAAUGUGCAAUGCACAGUUAAUCAUGGUUAUCUGGGUGGAGUUUUCUAGCAUCAUUUUUCAUUAUGUAAAAUUUUUUUUGGUGAUGCUUCCUUUUUCCUUUUGGUUAAUGUUAGGUGCCAUGUUUUGUUCCUGCUUUCUAAAUAAGCCAGGGCGUGGUUUUUCUUUUUCUUUGAUGGUAGCAUAGGAGAUACAACUUUGGUUUUACUACCAGCAUAGUUAUAUGUAUCUUGUCAGGGGUAAGGUUAAAAGUUGAUGUUGAUUGUGUACUAGGAGACACAAAAUUUAAAAUUAUUUGAGCCAACAGUUCAACAA